AUGGUUAAAGUUUGGUUAUUGGCUCUAAUGAUUCUCUACAAUGGCUUCUCUUUAACUGUGUUUGGCAUUCAUAAUUCAACAAGACCUGAAUUUGUAAAUAUUGGAGCACUCUUCUCUUUCAAUACUAGUGUUGGUAAGAUUAUAAAAAUCGCGAUCGAAGCUGCUGUUCGAGAUGUAAAUUCAGAUCCAAGUAUUCUCGGCGAGACCAAGUUGAAGCUCUCUCUUCAAGAAGAUUCUAAAUAUAGAGGUUUUCUUAGCAUUGCUGAGGUUUUACAGGUCAUGGCUAGACACAAUGUGGCAAUAAUUGGCCCUCAUAGUUCUGUAACAGCUCAUGUCAUAACUCAUAUUGCGAACGAGCUUCAAGUUCCUCUUCUCUCGUUUUCAGCUUUAGACCCGACACUUUCUUCGCUUCAAUUUCCAUUCUUUAUUAGAACAUGUCACAGUGAUCUUUUUCAAAUGGCUGCAAUAGCAGACCUUGUUGAUUACUAUGGAUGGAAAGAAGUCAUUGCUGUAUAUAUUGAUGAUGACAAUGGAAGGAACGGAAUCGUUGCAUUAGGCGAUAAGCUUGCUGAGAGACGUUGCAGGAUCUCAUAUAAAGCACCUGUGAGCCCCGAAGCAACUCCGGAGGAGAUUACAAAUGUGCUUGUUCAGGUGGCUCUUGCUGAAUCAAGAAUUAUUGUUGUUCAUGCUAACACUCUUUGGGGUCCAAAAGUGUUUAGUGUUGCGAAGAAUCUUGGAAUGAUGGGAACUGGUUAUGUAUGGAUAGCCACUGGUUUUCUUUCUGCUAUUCUUGAUAUAAGUAGUCCUCUAUCUUCUGAUAAAAUGGAUGAGAUCCAAGGAGUGUUGACACUGCGCGUGUACACGCCAGAUUCGGAGCUUAAAAGAAAGUUUGUUUCAAAAUGGAAAGACUUGACUCGUGGAAAUACUGCUAAUGGCCCUCUUGGACUUAGUUUUUUGUCUUUCUAUGCAUAUGAUACUAUUUAUGCUCUUGCUCAUGCACUUGAUGCAUUUUUCAAGCAAGGGAACAAAAUCACCUUUACAAAUGAUUCAAAACUACUUUCACUACAUGGUGACAGCUUGAAUCUCGAAGCGUUGAACGUCUUCAACGAAGGAAACACGUUACGUAAAAACAUUUAUGGGGUUAACAUGACUGGUGUGACAGGCUUGUUCAAGUAUGCACCUGAUGGAAACCUUGUUAAUCCUGCAUAUGAAAUCAUCAAUGUGAUUGGAACCGGGUCACGGAGGAUUGGUUAUUGGUCUAAUCACUCUGGAUUAUCGACCGUUCCUCCAGAAACAAUUCUUCCCAAACCAGGAAACAAUUUCAGGGAAAGCAAAAAGCUACUCCCUGUGAUGUGGCCUGGUGACAUAGACCAGAAGCCUCGCGGUUGGGUUUUUCCGAACAACGGAAGGCUAUUAAGAAUUGGAGUACCGAAAGGCGUUAGUUAUCGCCAAUUUGUGUCACAAGUACCAGGCUCUGAUACAUUUCAAGGUUUCUGCAUUGAUGUGUUUCUCUCUGCAGUUAACCUUUUGCCUUAUGCUGUCCCUUACAAGUUUAUUCCAUAUGGAGAUGGUAAGAACAAUCCUAGUAACACAGAGCUUGUCCGUCUAAUAACAACAGGCGAAUUUGACGGUGCAGUAGGUGACAUUGCAAUUACUACAGAAAGAACAAAAAUGGUGGAUUUUACUCAGCCAUAUGUUGAGUCUGGUUUAGUGGUAGUAGCUCCUGUUAGGGAGUCUGAAACAAGUGCUUUGGCCUUUUUGGCUCCAUUUACACCAAGAAUGUGGUUUGUCACAGCUUUGUUUUUCAUAAUAGUUGGAACUGUUGUUUGGAUUUUGGAGCAUAGGGUGAAUGAUGAAUUUAGAGGACCACCUAGAAAACAAUUGACUACUAUUUUUUGGUUUAGCUUUUCAACAAUGUUCUUUUCACAUAGGGAAAAUACAGUGAGCACGCUCGGUCGUUGCGUGCUACUUAUAUGGUUAUUUGUAGUUCUCAUUAUUACUUCAAGUUACACAGCAAGUCUAACAUCAAUCCUCACUGUACAACAACUGUCUUCACCAAUUAAGGGCAUUGAAAGUUUAGUAAAUAUGAAAGAACCAAUUGGUUACAGUCAAGGCUCAUUUUCUAAAGAUUAUUUGAUCCAAGAAAUCGGUAUUGAUGAGUCUAGGCUUGUUCCUUUAAUAACACCGGAAGAAGUUACUAGAGCACUGACAAAAGGUCCUCAAGAUGGUGGUGUUGCUGCUUACAUCGAUCAACGUGCAUAUAUUGACAUCUUCCUUUCAAGCCGGUGUCAGUUUACUGUUGUAGGUCAAGAGUUCACCCGAAACGGCUGGGGAUUUGCCUUUCCAAGAGACUCACCAUUAGCAGUUGACCUAUCAACUGCCAUUUUGCAAAUGGUAGACAAUGGAGACUUACAAAGAAUCCAUGACAAGUGGCUUUUGAGUAGAGCUUGUUUAACACAGGGUGCAAAGUUUGAAGUUGAAAGACUCAAACUAAAAAGCUUUUGGGGCCUCUAUGUGAUAUGUGGAUCAGCUUGUUUGCUUGCUCUACUCAUCUAUAUAAUACAGAUAAUAAGACAGUACAUGAAGCACCACUCAGAAGAACUUGAUUCUCCUGGCCAAAACUCUGCCUCGGGAUCAACUUGUUUGAGGAGUUUCCUCUCCUUUGUGGAUGAAAAAGAAGAGAAUGUUAAAAACCGUUCCAAGAGAAAGAAAAUGGAGAGAAUCUCUUAUAGAAGUAGUGAGGGAGGAUCAAUCUCCAUCAGUUCCAAUAAAGAUUAUGUUGCUCAGUCAUCUUCAUGCAUAGCUGAUUCUGUUUCUAAUGGUGGAACUGAACAAGUACUUAUCAAAGUAGUGUAA